GCCAGCAGCGGCUCGGGAAAAGUUUGAAAAAGAAUGUCGAAGAAAAGUUUGGUGAAAUUCUUCAAUUAUUUGUUCUGUACCUGUAGCAUUUCCUGUAAUUUGUGGUGAUUGAUAUAUCAGUAUAUUUAUUUUUGUGAAGAGAUUUCCAAAUCAUGGACGGUUUAGAAGAUUUGGUGCAGUUUCUUCAAACCGAAAUCCUCAACAGUCCUUCAUAUGAAGAGACGUUGGAACAGCAGAAGAUGGCACAUUUGGGUCAGCAGCAGAUAAACAUUUGGAAGGAAAUUGCAGCUGAUUUGAAACCAUUCUUCGUGAAGCUUCAUGAGGAAGACAACUCGUUGCAGAAUGUAGAUCGACGUACUCGGUUUCUCGCUUACAAGCUGGAAAAUGUCGAAGCAGAAGUCCAAGAUCUACUCAACGAUGGAACCAACCAUAUUCUCCAAAGGCAUCGUUCGGAAGUGCGCCAGCGGCUGCAACGCAAAGGUACCAGACGAGUGGAGCUCGCUGAGAAGAAGAAAAAAAUACGCGAGGAAAUUGUUCAAUGCCGUCAUGCGCGCAAGCGAUUUGAAGAGUCCAAAAGUCAGGCCUUGAUAAACGAUAUGAAACAACAACGAAAUCAUGCAAAAGCCGAAUACGACGUAGUGUACUCGGAGGUGGCUGCAAUAUUGAAAGCUAAGCGCCAACGGGAACAGGCGUGCUGGGAUAAAUCAAAACUGUUGCUGGUCGAGCUGGCGGAUAAUCAAGUUGGAAUUGCUGCUGACGAAAAAGCAAUUGAGCUAUAUUUGCAAAACAAUGAACUGAUGCUUAAAAAGAUAGAGAAAAUGAAAGAAAAUAUUGAGCUGGCAAAAAUCAAGGCCGUAGAAGAUGCCAAGCGCCGUGAGAAAGAAUUCCACGACCAGCUGUUGACCCCUGUACAGUUGGCCCAUGCGGAAUUUCACCAAGCGCCCUUCAAAAACCCGAACGAUUUCCCAUUUUUGAUCGAAAAAAUUGGAACCAGGCGUACGAAAUACAAGCAUAUUUUCAAGCGCCCGCGUUGUGUGAAUCUGCAAAAUGAAGAAAAACUCGCAAAACGUUUCAAAGCUAGAGCGGCUCUUCAGGCGCGGGAAAUGUUCCGAAGUUUUCCUCCUUUCCUCAUGGGUCAAAGUCAAGAACGGCUGGUGGAAACGGUACAGGGAGAAAAGGAAUCAACUGCAAAAUCCAAAGCCGGUGAACCACCUAAGAGCUAUCAACGCUCAAUAGAUACGACCAACAAGGAAAAUAUCAAAGGGGUCAAAAGAAGUUCGUCGACCGAUACAGAGCAAAGAGUUCACAAGAAAACUAAACUUCAUAGCUCCCAGCGCAUUGAAACCCGUACAGAAAGUAUUAAAGCUGACGAUUCAUUGGAUGAUGAGCGAUCUAAAACAUCGAAACGAGAAAUUCUAAUUUCCAAAUCUCAGCCACUUUCGUCUUCGGAGGUUGAAAAAGUUAAAAAAGUCACAAAAGAAAUAUCAACGGAUCAAAAAGUCGCCAAGAAGAAAACCUUCAAAGUUAUGCCAUCAAGAAAGAGAGAUGUUUCUCCUGAUUACGAAGAUCAGACGUUAUCAAACAAAUCCAAUAAGCAACCAAAUUUGAAUUUUUCAACAGAAGAGUAUCAGCCGCUGAGGAAAGUUUCCAAACGUGAUUCCUGUCACCGAAAACUCGAUUUUGAAAAAGCUACCGAGAAAGACGACUUACACAAGUCUAAGCCAAUUUCGUCCAAAAGAGCCAUGGUGCCUCAAAGCGCCAAAAAGGCAACCCAAUCGCAAGAGCAUAGACACGAAGAAGAACAAAAUGAAGAAAUGGGUCAAGAAUUCAACGACAAACAGGUUACAGAGGUCAUCAUGCCACCAUGCAGUCAGGAAAAGCAGCUACAACGAGAGCCAUCCGAACCGAUGAUUCUGUCGGAUGAAGAUCAACAAGACGAAAAUAUUUCAAAUGCAGCACCAGCACGUGUUUCUUCCGAUGAACAGCUGGAAAAAAAUACCGACCAAUCGGACAGCUUAAGUUUGCAGAGUAGCAUCUUGUCGUUCGAGCUGGAUAACCAGGAAACUAGCAGCGAUCUUGGUUUUGAACUGUCGCCGGUGCAAUCGGCUGGCAGUAGCGGAGAAUUGUAUUUGUCCGCCGGAAAUGGCAGUGACGACAACAUGGAUCUCGACUUUCUCGGCAAUCCUACACCGAAGCAAAAAGGUUCACAGCAACCCUCGCAGAAGCAGAAGGUUGCCGGUGGGCGUUCCAAGAAAUCCGACAAUUUCGAUUUCUUUGGAAAUAGCGGCGAUUCGGGCAGUUUUGAUUUCUUUUAAUUGGAUUACUUUUUUUUUGUUUUGUUAUCUCAAGGGGUUGAUCUUCAACUUUAAAGAGGUUUGUUUAUUUGCAGUAAAUUUUCAGAAAUGUUGAAUUUUGAUGUUUCAACCGGAAUUUGAAACAUGUCAUACAUUCUUUAUAUUUCACCAAUGCUUAAUAUUUCAACAUAAAUAUUCAUUUCGUUGAAUCAUUUCUGUUUAUCAUUUCAUUAUCUAAUAAAAUAA